UAAAAUAAAUAAUGGUAGAAUAUUACACGUGUGCACCAACGUAAUACACAAAUUAAGUUGAGCACAACAGAGCACAAAGAAGCAUGGACACCGCAUCGGAUAACGACAGCGAUGAGGGCUCCAUCGGGGGCAACGCUGCAAACGACAUGGGAAUCGAUCUGACCGGGAUCCUCUUUGGGAACAUCGACUCGGAGGGCAAACUGAUGGACGACGAUGAUGACAAGGGCAGCGCAUUUGAUGCCGAAUUGCGCGAAAAUCUAAGCUCCCUCUCCAAAUUGGGACUCGAUUCGCUGUUGAGCGAAGUGAUCGAUCAGAACGAUGGAGGCGUGAACUCGGACGAUGAUGUCGAUGAGAAACCGGCGCCAGAGACUGCCGAUGGUUUGAGCGCUUUUGACGCCUUGAAAGCAGGUCUGAGCAGCAGCGAGACGUCUGAGGAUGGGGCUAUCAAGGCGCAAGAUGAUGCCAUCGACUAUUCGGACAUCAAUGAGCUAUCCGAGGACUGUCCGCGCACGCCCUCGCCUCCAGUAAAGCCAGUAGACGAGGCAACUACCUCGGCAUCCACAUUCGAUGACCUCGAGGAUGCCAUACCAGCCACAAAGGUGGAGGCCAAACCGACCAAGGAUGACAAGGAGCUGAUGCCGCCGCCUAGUGCACCAAUGCGAAGUGCCGGCACAGCGUCCUCGGGCAGCGAAGAAUCACCCACCAAACCAGGCACCAGCGAUGCAUCAAGCGAAUCCAAAUUGAGUGACGCCAAAGCUGAGGCCGAUCGACGUCUAGAUACUCCCCUUGCUGACAUACUACCCUCCAAAUAUCAGAACGUCAAUGUCUGUGAACUGUUUCCCGACUUUCGGCCGCAGAAGGUGCUGCGUUUCUCGCGCCUUUUUGGUCCCGGCAAGCCGAGCAGCCUCCCCCAGAUUUGGCGACAUGUGCGCAAACGUCGCCGCAAGCGUAAUCAGUCACGCGACCAGAGGCUGACCAACACGGGCGGCUCGGACUCGCCCAGCGAUACGGAGGAGCCACGUCGAUAUGGCUUUAAGAUGCACUUUGGGCCGGAACCGACGCCGGCGCAGUGUAUGUCCGACGAUGAGGACAAGCUGCUCAGCGACCUGAACAGCGAGGAUGUGCGCCAGGAGGGCCCCGACAACGGCGAGCCCAAUGAUCAGAAGCCAAAGAUCGCCGACUGGCGCUAUGGACCCGCGCAGAUCUGGUAUGACAUGCUCGAGGUGGCCGACUCGGGCGACGGCUUCAACUAUGGCUUCAAGACGAAGCAGCCGGCAUCAUCCUCGGCCCUGUCCAAGUUCAAUAGCGAUCGCAAGGCAGCGAGUGCUGAUCAUGAGGCAGCGGAUCGGGAUGUCAGCCUGGCAGACGAUGCAUUCUUAAUGGUAUCCCAGCUGCGUUGGGAGGACGAUGUCGUCUGGGAUGGCAACGAUAUCAAGGCAAAGGUGCUGCAGAAACUGAACUCCAAGACAAAUGCAGCCGGCUGGCUGCCAUCGAGCGGAUCCCGCACAGCCGGCGCCUUUGGUCAGCCGGGCAAGACGGCGCUGCCGGUGGGCAGCGGUGGCAACAGUGGCGGCAACAGCGGCAAAACCAACUCUGCCAGUGGCUCAACCAAAAAAGCACUCCAGAGUGCGGCGCAGAAUAAACAAGUGGAGGUUUUCGACGAUACGUGGUACAGUCUGUUUCCUGUGGAGAACGAGGAGCUCAUCUACCACAAGUGGGAGGACGAGGUGAUCUGGGAUGCCCAACAAAUGAAUCGUGUGCCCAAGCCGAAGGUCUUGACUCUGGAUCCCAAUGAUGAGAACAUUAUACUCGGCAUACCCGAUGACAUUGAUCCAUCCAAGAUUAACAAGAACACCGGACCGCCGCCCAAGAUUAAGAUACCACAUCCUCAUGUGAAGAAGUCAAAGAUUCUGCUGGGCAAGGCGGGCGUUAUUAAUGUGCUGGCCGAGGACACGCCACCACCACCGCCCAAAAGCCCUGAUCGCGAUCCCUUCAACAUAUCCAAUGACUCCUACUACACACCCAAAACGGAGCCGACGCUGCGCCUUAAAGUGGGCGGUGGCAAUCUUAUUCAGCACUCGACGCCGGUUGUGGAGUUGCGUGCUCCGUUUGUGCCCACGCACAUGGGUCCGAUGAAACUUCGCUCCUUCCACCGGCCGCCGCUCAAGAAGUUCUCUCACGGACCGCUAGCGCAGACGAUAUCGCAUCCGGUGCAUCCGCUGCUCAAGCUGAUUGCCAAGAAGGCCAAACAGCGCGAAGUUGAGCGCAUUGCGUCCGGUGGCGGUGACGUGUUCUUUAUGCGCAAUCCCGAGGAUCUAAGCGGCAAGGAUGGUGACAUAGUACUGACCGAGUUUUGCGAAGAGCAUCCACCGCUGAUGAGCCAGGUGGGCAUGUGCUCGAAAAUUAAGAACUACUACAAGCGCAAGGCCGAAAAGGAUAGCGGUCCGCAGGACUAUGUGUACGGUGAGGUGGCCUUCGCUCACACCAGUCCAUUUCUGGGCAUACUACAUCAGGGACAGUGCAUACAGGCGCUGGAGAACAACAUGUACCGAGCACCCAUCUAUCCCCAUAAGAUGGCGCCCAACGAUUUCCUGAUCAUACGGACGCGCAACAGCUAUUGGAUACGUGUGGUGAACGCCAUCUUCACCGUUGGACAGGAGUGUCCACUGUAUGAGGUGCCCGGACCCAACUCGAAGCGGGCCAACAACUUUACCCGUGACUUUUUACAGGUGUUCAUCUAUCGACUGUUCUGGAAGAGUCGCGACAAUCCACGUCGCAUACGCAUGGACGAUGUGAAGCGCGCCUUUCCGGCGCACUCGGAGAGCAGCAUACGCAAGCGUCUGAAGCAAUGCGCCGAUUUCAAGCGCACGGGUAUGGAUUCAAAUUGGUGGGUGAUCAAGCCAGAGUUUCGACUGCCCUCCGAGGAGGAGAUACGAGCCAUGGUGUCGCCGGAACAGUGCUGCGCCUACUUCAGCAUGAUUGCCGCCGAGCAGCGCCUGAAGGAUGCUGGUUAUGGUGAGAAGUCGCUGUUUGCGCCGCAAGAGGACGAUGACGAGGAGGCCCAGCUGCUCGACGAUGAGGUCAAGGUGGCGCCCUGGAACACCACGCGUGCCUACAUUCAGGCCAUGCGUGGCAAGUGCCUGCUGCAGCUCAGCGGCCCAGCCGAUCCGACGGGCUGUGGCGAAGGCUUCUCCUAUGUGCGCGUGCCCAACAAGCCAACGCAAUCGAAAGAGGUGCAGGAAUCGCAGCCGAAGCGCUCGGUAACCGGCACCGAUGCCGAUUUGCGACGCCUGCCGCUGCAGCGGGCCAAGGAGCUGCUGCGCAAAUUCAAAGUGCCCGAGGAGGAGAUCAAGAAGCUGACACGCUGGGAAGUCAUCGAUGUGGUGCGCACUUUGUCCACGGAGAAGGCCAAGGCCGGCGAGGAGGGCAUGGACAAAUUUUCGCGAGGCAAUCGCUUCUCCAUCGCCGAGCAUCAGGAACGCUACAAGGAGGAGUGUCAGCGCAUAUUCGAUCUACAGAAUCGAGUGCUCGCCAGCUCCGAAGUGCUGUCCACGGACGAUGACGAGUCCUCUGCUUCCGAGGAGUCUGAUCUGGAGGAACUGGGUAAGAAUCUUGAGAAUAUGCUGGCCAACAAGAAAACAUCCACACAGUUGUCGCUGGAGCGCGAGGAGCAGGAGCGUCAGGAGCUGCUGCGCCAGCUUGAAGAGCAAGGCGAUGGGGCCAGCAAGGCGUCCAAGGCGAAAGAGGAUGCCACACAGCAACCGUUGAACAACAGCAAUCAGGGACGCAUCCUGCGCAUAACGCGCACCUUCAAGGGCACCGACGGUAAGGAGUUUACGCGCGUGGAGACGGUGCGCCGCCAGGCGGUCAUCGAUGCAUACACCAAGAUACGCACCACCAAGGACGAGCAGUUCAUCAAACAGUUCGCGACGCUCGACGAGCAGCAGAAGGAGGAGAUGAAGCGCGAGAAGCGGCGCAUUCAGGAGCAGCUGCGUCGCAUCAAGCGCAAUCAGGAGCGCGAACGUCUCGCUCAGCUCGCGCAGAAUCAGAAACUCCAACCGGGCGGCAUGCCCACCUCUCUGGGCGAUCCCAAGAGCUCAGGCGGGCAUGCGCACAAGGAGCGCGAUAACAGUCACAAGGAAGUGAGUCCGUCACGUAAAAAGUUCAAGCUGAAACCGGAUCUGAAGUUGAAGUGUGGCGCCUGCGGCCAGGUUGGUCACAUGCGAACGAAUAAGGCGUGUCCAUUGUAUACGGGCAUGCAGAGCAGUCUGUCGCAGUCGAAUCCCUCGUUGGCCGACGAUCUGGACGAGCACAGCGAGAAAGAGACAAACAUGGACGACGACGAUUUGGCCAACGUGGAUGGCAUCAAGGUGACGCUAAGCAGCAAAGUGCUCAAGCGACACGGCCAAUCCCAAGACGAGGCCAAGCGGCGGGGCGGCCUCACGCUCAAGGUGCCCAAGGAUGCCAUGGGCAAGAAGAAGCGGCGCAUGGCCAAUGAUGUGCACUGCGACUAUUUGCAGCGCCACAACAAGACGGCCAAUCGGCGUCGCACCGAUCCGGUUGUGGUGCUCUCCUCCAUACUGGAGCACAUACUAAACGAGCUGCGCUCCAUGCCGGACGUUACACCAUUUCUGGUGCCGGUCAGUUCGAAACGCGUGCCGGAUUAUUAUCGAGUGAUCGAGAAGCCCAUGGAUCUGCAGACGAUGCGCGAGUAUAUUCGUCAGCGACGCUACACCAGCCGCGAACUGUUCCUUGAGGAUCUCAAACUGAUCGAGAACAACUCGGCGAUCUACAAUGGACCACAGCACACCUUCACCGUGGCCGCGCGUGGCAUGUUCAACAGCUGCUUUGAGCUGUUGUCGGAACGCGAGGAUAAACUAAUGCGGCUGGAGAAGGCCAUCAAUCCGCUGCUGGAUGAUGACGAUCAGGUCGCACUCUCCUUCAUUUUCGAAAGGUUGCACAAUCAGAUCCGAUUACUGCCAGAGAGCUGGCCAUUCCACAAGCCCGUUAACAAGAAGGCGAUCAAGGACUACUACACAGUCAUCAAGAAGCCCAUGGAUUUGGAAACUAUUUUCAAGAAUAUUGAAAAUCAUGUCUACCACAGUCGCGCCGAAUAUCUGGCGGAUAUCGAUCUGAUUGCCUCCAACUGCGAGCAGUACAAUGGCAGCGAGGCCCAAUACACCAAGAAUGCCAAGAAGAUAGUGGAGCAUGCGCAUUCAGAGCUGCAGAAGGUGGCCGAUCACUGCUCGCAGCUGGAAGAGAACAUAAAGAAGACACAGGAGCAGGCCAGGGCAAAUGCACCCGAAUUCGAAGAGGCCUGGGGCAAUGAUGAGACCGAUUUGUCUCGCAGUCGCGCCAGUUCGCCUAGCGAUGAUUACAUUGAUGUGGAGGGCCACGGCGGACUGGGACUUGUGCCCGCCAAUUCCAUACACCGCAGCAUGGGCGCCGAUAAUAAUCUCUCACACACAAUGACCUCGUUGCGCAAGCCAUCGACACCAUCGGGUAGCGAGGUGAAACGAGGACGCGGUCGUCCACGCAAGCAACGCGAUCCCGUGGAGGAGGUCAAAAACUCGAACCCGAUUAAACGUGGUCGGGGUCGUCCCCGGAAGGACAGUCUUGCCUCAAAUAUGAGUCAGACACAAGCUUACUUUCUGGACGAAGAUCUGCAAUGCUCCACGGACGACGAUGAAGAUGAUGAGGAGGACUUCCAGGAAGUGUCUGAAGAUGAGAACAAUGCGGCCAAUAUUUUGGAUCAAGGCGAGCGCAUCAAUGCGCCCAGCGAUACCAUGGACUACAUUGAUCCCAAGAACAUCAAGACGGAGAUUGACAUCGAGACGGAACAGAUGGCAGAGGAGCAAAGCGGCGAGGAUGACAGCCAGCAAGCGGCUGAAGCUAUGGUGCAGUUGAGUGGCGUUGGCUACUACGCUCAACAGCAGCAAGAUGAGUCCAUGGAUGUUGAUCCCAAUUAUGAUCCGUCCGAUUUUCUGGCCAUGCACAAGCCGCGCCAAAGCUAUGCAGAGAACUACAAUGCACCGGGCGCCUUCUCUGAUUUCAUGUCGCAGUAUCAGGACGACAAUGGGCAAUACAAUCCGCCCGAAGCCAGCACCAGCGCCGCAGCGGCUAACAUGGCUGCACAGGAUGAGGAACUGGCCACGACGGGCAACGACAAUGGAAUGGGCAUUGAUGAGGAUCUGGACAUAUCGGAGAGCGACGAAGAGGAUGAUGGCGGCGUGCGCAUUAAGAAGGAAGUCUUUGAUGAUACCGAACUUACUGACCAUCAUCAUAAUCAGCAGCAGCAGCAGCAUCAGCAACAGCAGCAGCAGCAAUCGCAAAUAUAUCAAUUGGAUGCAUCCAAUGAGCCAGUGCAGCCGGUCGACUAUCAGCCGCAGCAAGCAGAUUUUCAGCCCACCCAGGAGCUGGAGCAACUGCACUCCCAGCCACCGCAGCUCAUCCAACAGCAGGCGGAGCAACCGCCUCAGCAAGCGGAAAAUGAUUACGACUGGCUAACUUUUUAGACUUUAGCGUUCGUAUUGAUUUAAUAAUCAUUGCUUGCAACAACAUAUUCUUCUCUUUUAGUCAUAAGUCUAUAAAGUGAAAAAGUGAAAUUAUUCAUUUGCAACUGGACUGUCCACGACAAUUCAAUGUAAUAAUAUUUUUAUAUUUAAGCCAGGCUUUAACAUUUAUAAUUCCCUACUUAAUAAAUGAGUGUUCAAUUUGAACAUUCUGCUGUUUUAAUUCAA